UGUGUUUAAUCACACGUUUAUAAUUAAUCGAAUAAGCAAAGUAUUGCGUUUAAUUUUCUCUCAAUAUUGUUAAGAGGGUACCGUCUCUAAAUUGUUUUAAGAAAAAUAAUUGAAAAAAGAAAUAUUAAAAAAUGUUAUCUGACGACGGUCGGCUUUCGAUGGGAGAGGACGUCAGAGAUGGAAAGAGGAAAAUAGAAGAAUUUGGAGGCUUAUACUCGCUAGAUCACACCGCUUCGUCUUCAAGAUCUUUAAACGAGAAUACAGGACAAGAGGGAGCUUUUAAAAAGAUCAAAUCGGAACAAUCACCCGUCACAACAUCAUCUCUCGGUACCGGAAGUUCUGGUUCUCAUAAUCCUAGCACGUGCCCAACUCCCGCUAGGCGGCGCCACCGGACGACCUUCACCCAAGAACAACUACAAGAGCUAGAAGCAGCAUUCUCCAAGAGUCACUAUCCCGACAUCUACUGUAGAGAAGAGCUUGCAAGAAUCACAAAAUUAAACGAGGCGCGAAUACAGGUAUGGUUCCAAAACCGGCGGGCCAAGUACAGAAAACAAGAGAAACAACUAGCAAAAUCGCUCUCCCCGGUCAUACCAUCCUGCAACAGCAUGAUGCGUAACAUUUACCCGUCCAAUAACCGACCAUACGGCACUUAUCCAAGUCCCGGAAGUAUGAACAAUAUGGCGCGCUACCCGCAGAUGAAUACUUCCUAUUCUCCAGUGGCCCAGUUUUCCAGCAUGAACACGAUGCAAUCCAACAUGGCGGCGACAAUGCCAAGACAAAUUCAACAGUUUCCAGGAAUGACAUCAGAUUAUAACUUGGAAGUGCACGAAGACGACUGGUACAACAAAAGUUUGACGGCACUGCGCAUGAACAAUUCACAUCCGGGUCUCGGAAAUCCCAUGUUGCAAUACCAAGUGUAGACUGGCGGGAAUUUUUAAGAUUUAAAAAUCCACAAAAAACAUAAUUGGUGCAAUAGUGCUUAGAUGAGAUGAAGCUGGAAGACCUGAUAAAGCAUUGAAUGGAUAUAAUUUUCAAUGAGCGAGAGCACGAGAUGUUUAGUGAUGACGUCAAACGUAAUUUUUGCAUAAAAUUAAACACAAUUAUUUAGAUCUAUAGAAAUUAUGUGUUCAAAUGUAAAGGCACACAAUGAUGCAAACUCGGAGCGACUGUAUGGAUUUAUUUUCAGAUCUAAUAGCUGAAAGUAUGUUGGUAACUGGUCUAAGGUAAAAAAGAGACAAACAAAUUCAGUGUAUGAAUACAUUUACUUUUAGGUGAAAUGCAAACAACUAGAUAUCAGUUUACAUUUAAUUUACAAUGAUGAUAUUUUUUAUCUUUAAAUAGUGUAAAUCUGUCAUUUUAUAUACUCAUUAUUGUAUUUAUGUCACAGAGUCAUUUGUUUAUGGGAUAUUAAAUUUCUAAAAAUGCCAGAA